GCACCGUAUCUUUUUCUCUCUUCCCUAUAAUUUGUUGUAGCGCCAAAUUUUCGCGGCGCCUUCUCAAAAUUCGAAUUUUCACGGAAAAGCAUAGAAAGUUGAAAAGAAAAUUUUAAAACUAAAACUAGAAACAACUUCAUUAUCCCUCUAUUUUUCAGAUCUGAUUCUCACUCAAUUCGAACUCUUCUCUGAAUAUCUUUACUUUUUCUACUCAAAAUCUUCAAUCAUAUUUUCUUUUCUUCUUGAUUCUUUAAUUAAAUUUAUUGCGGGAUGAGCUUUGGUUUCUUUCAAAUUUACUAAGCUCAAAAUCGAACGAAAUCAAUGGUGAGGGAGCAAAGUGUCGAGUCUUUUUACUCAAAGCUCCGUCAAUCGGCGAAGGAGUCUUCUAAUUCUCAUCUCUUGAUAUUUCCGUCAACUUCAGAUGCGGAUUCACUUUGCGCUCUUAAAAUCAUUUUCAACGUUCUUGAAUCUGAUUCGGUUCGAUAUGCUUGUUACCCGGUUUCUUCUUUUCAAGAAAUUCACAAAUAUGCAGGUUCAGAUUUGUCUUCUUCGUCUGAGAAACCUGUUUCUAUACUUUUGAUUAAUUGGGGAUGUCACCGGGACUUGAGGAAAGUUUUGAAAUUAGGGCCGGCGGCGCGGGUUUUUGUUGUUGAUAGUCACCGUCCGAUUCAUUUGCAUAAUUUGUGUGAGCAGAAUGAUCGAGUGGUUGUGCUUUAUACUUUGGAUGAUGAAAACCAGUCUGAUUUGGCGUAUGAUUUUGAUGUUUCGGCUUUGGCUAAUGCGAGUGAGAUGAAUAGUGAUGACGAGGCUGAUGAAGAUUCGGAAAGCGAUGAUGAUGAUGACAGCGAAAGUGAAAGUGAAGGGGAAGAAGAAGCUGGUCGUGGGUCGAGGAAGCGAAGGAGAGUUUCUCCAGAAAAUGAAGACGAUCCAGUUCAGCUUUUUCGGAAACUGAAAAAGGAGUAUUAUCGAAUGGGUACGUUUCAUGGUAAACCUUCUGGUUGUUUAAUGUAUGAAUUGUCACAUUCUUUAAGGAAGAACACAAACGAAUUGCUGUGGUUAGCUUGUGUUUCGUUGACUGAUCAGUUCGUUCAUGAGCGUUUAACUGAUGAAAGAUACCAAGCUGGGGUUAUGGAGCUUGAACAACAUAUAAACAGUUCGGGUAAUUUGGAUGCUGUAACUUCUGUAACUCUUAAAGAUGGAACAAAGAUUCGUGCACCCUGUGCUUCUAGAAUUGCUUAUGAAGAUGAGCCUAGACUAAUGUUGUUACAAGAAUGGAAUUUGUUUGAUUCAAUGCUUUGUUCAUCGUAUAUGGCAACUAAAUUGAAAACCUGGAGUGAUAAUGGGAUGAAAAAGCUUAAGCUUCUUCUUGCCCGGAUGGGAUUUGCACUUGUGGAUUGCCAACAGAAGUUUCAGUACAUGAAUCUUGAAGUGAAGAAGAAGAUGAAAGAUGAGUUUGAACGGUUUCUACCCGAGUAUGGACUUACUGAUUUCUAUUACAGGAGUUUCUUGAGGCUACAUGGCUAUAGUUCAAGGGUUUCUGCUGCAGAUGUUGUCUAUGGAGUUACUGCUCUUCUUGAGUCUUUUGUGAAAACAGAUGGCUCUUGUGCAUCUAAGCAGUUCGGUGUGGCCUAUGAUGCUUUGUCGUUGGGCAAUCUUGAUAAGCUCAAAGAUGGAAUGCAACAUGCUAUUAAGAUACAAAGAGCGAUUCUCAGACAGGGAAGCACAGCGAUAACUAAGAGCGGUUGUAUAAGAAGUGGAAGGAAGUUCCGGUGGGUGAAGCUUGAAGAUUCAGUGGAUACAAAACUAUUGGGGUACCCACAAGCAUUGACUAAGUUUUGUUAUUUUUUGAUGGAUGCUCUGCGGGAAAAAGGCGCUAGAAUGAAACCUUUGCUAUGUGCUUGCUUGUUGCAUGAGCCCAACAAGGUGUUGAUUGUAGGGGUUUGCGGAAAGCCUCGACUUGGGGCUGUUCAAGGAAAUGCAUUUGGAAUUGCAUUUAGGAAUGCAGCUGAGGAGAUUGGAGCAGAGUUCUUCCAUGAAUUGUUUGAGUCUUCUUGGAUUGUAUUAGAUACUGCUUCUGUCAAUUCUUUUAUGGUAAGGUUAACCGAGAAGCUCUGAUGUGGAAAAUCUGAGAAGCAACAUAAAGUUUGCACCCACAGGCGACAAGGGCUGUCCUAACGGUCAGGCCUAUGAUUUACUCCCACAAGUUUGGAGUCAAGAAAAGAGAAAAGAAAGAAAAAAAAUCAACUAUUCAGCUACUUGAAGCAAGUAUGUUCUUAACAAAUUGUGGCUUGUUGUCUAAGAUGUUCCAAAAAUGAAAUCUUGUAGACUUAUAGUUGAUCUGUAAGAAAAAUGGUGUGUUUUUUCCCCUUUUAUUUUAACAUUAUUUCUGUUGUACCAUGAUAUUCUUCUAAACAUUAAGUUAACUUUUAGCUCUCUUAAAUUUGUAACAAGUACAUUCAUUUUAUGAACUGAAAAAGUGGCAUAAAUGUAAUUGUAGUUUCAUUCUCCA